UUACUCAGCUGCUGGCCCGGGACCUGGACAACGAUCCGCUGGUCUUCGGUGUGGUCGGUGAGGAGGCCAGCCGGUACUUUGCAGUGGAGAGCAUGACUGGUGUUGUCUGGCUCAGGCAGCCCUUGGACAGAGAGACUAAGUCAGAAUUCACAGUUGAAUUUUCUGUCAGUGACAGCCAAGGGGUGAUCAAAGGGACGGUCAACAUCCAAGUCGGAGACGUGAAUGACAACGCCCCGCAGUUCCACAACCAGCCCUACAGCGUCCGCAUCCCCGAGAACACACCAGUGGGCACACCGAUUUUCAUAGUGAAUGCCACGGAUCCGGACCUGGGGGCAGGAGGCAGCGUGCUUUACUCCUUCCAGCCUCCUUCCGAUUUCUUUGCCAUCGACAGUGGCCGUGGCAUCGUGACGGUGAUACAGGAGCUGGACUAUGAAGUGACUCAGGCGUACCAGCUCCAGGUCAACGCGACGGACCAAGAUAAACACAGGCCUCUGUCUACUCUGGCCAAUCUGGCAAUCAUCAUCACGGAUGUGCAGGACAUGGACCCCAUCUUCAUCAACCUGCCCUACAGCACGAACAUCUACGAGAACUCGCCUCCGGGUACCACCGUGCGGAUGAUAACGGCAAUCGACCAGGACAAGGGCCGUCCCCGCGGCAUCGGCUACACCAUCGUCUCGGGCAACACCAACAGCAUCUUUGCACUGGACUACAUCAGUGGAGCCUUAACCCUGAAUGGGCCACUGGACCGGGAAAACCCCUUGUAUAGCUCUGGAUUCAUCCUCACGGUGAAGGCAACAGAGCUGAACGAUGACCGCACACCCUCCGACGCCACUGUCACCACCACCUUCAACAUCCUAGUCAUUGACAUCAAUGACAACGCACCCGAGUUCAACAGCUCGGAGUACAGUGUGGCCAUCCCAGAGCUGGCCCAGGUGGGCUUUGCCCUGCCCCUCUUCAUCCAUGUGCAGGACAAAGAUGAGGGACCCAACAGUGUUUUUGAGGUUUACUUGGUGGGCAACAACUCCAACCACUUCAUCAUCUCACCGACCUCCGUCCAGGGGAAGGCAGACAUCCGCAUCCGCGUGGCAGUGCCGCUGGACUUUGAGACCAUUCCUCGCUACGAAUUUUCGCUCUUUGCAAACGAGAGUGUCCCAGACCACGUCGGCUUUGCGCGCGUGAAGAUUAACCUCAUCAACGAGAACGACAACCGCCCCAUUUUCAGCAAGGCCCUGUACAACGUAAGCCUCUUCGAGAACACCACCGUGGGGACCACUGUCCUCCAGGUCCAUGCAACUGACAAUGAUGUGGGCACGUAUGGGAAAGUCAAUUAUUUUUUCAGCGAUGACCCUGACCAUUUCUCUCUGGACAAGGACACGGGUGUAAUCAUCCUGACAGCUCGUCUGGACUUCGAAAUCAUGCAGCGCUACACCCUGACCGUCAUCGCCCGGGACGGCGGCGGGGAGGAGACGACGGGGCGCGUCAGGAUCAACAUCCUCGACGUCAAUGACAACGUCCCCACCUUCCAGAAGGAGGCAUACCUGGGGGCCCUGCGGGAGAACGAGCCCUCCGUCUCCCAGGUGGUCCGGCUCCGGGCAACUGACGAGGACUCCCCUCCAAACAACCAGAUCACGUACAGCAUCGUGGAGGCGUCUGCCUUCCGCGAGUACUUUGACAUCACGGUGUCAGAAGGGUACGGAGUGAUCAGCGUGAACCACCCCCUGGACUACGAGCAGCUGGACAACGGGGUCAUUUACCUAACUGUGAUGGCCAAGGAUGCCGGCAACCCACCGCUCAACAGCACCGUCCCCGUCACCAUCGAGGUGUUUGAUGAAAACGACAACCCCCCCACGUUCAGCAAGCCCUCCUAUAUGAUAACUGUCGUGGAGGACAUUAUGGCAGGAGCCACGGUGCUGUUUCUCAAUGCCACGGACUUGGACCGAUCCAGGGAGUACGGGCAGGAGUCAAUCAUCUACUCCCUGGAGGGCUCCUCACAUUUUCGGAUCAAUGCUCGCUCAGGAGAAAUCACCACGACGACUUUGCUGGACCGAGAGACCAAAGCCGAAUACAUCCUCAUCGUCCGGGCAGUGGAUGGAGGCGUGGGCCACCACCAGAAGACAGGCAUUGCUAUGGUCAACAUCACGCUGCUGGACAUCAAUGACAAUUAUCCCACAUGGAAGGAUGAGCCAUACUUCAUUAACCUGGUGGAAAUGACCCCCCCCAACUCAGACGUCACCACGGUGGUGGCUGUCGACCCGGACCUGGGCGAGAACGGCACGGUGGUGUACAGCAUCCGACCCCCCAACAAAUUCUACACCCUCAACAGCACCACGGGCAAGAUCCGCACCAGCGGGGUUCUGCUGGACCGCGAGAACCCCAACCCCCAGGAGGCCCAGCUCAUGCGCCGGAUCGUGGUGUCGGUCACUGACUGCGGGAGGCCACCCCUGCGAGCUACCAGCAGCGCCACGGUUUUCGUCAACCUGCUGGACCUGAACGACAACGACCCCACUUUCCAAAACCUGCCCUCCGUUGCCGAGAUCUCCGAGGGCCUUCCCGCAGGCUCCUUUGUCUUCCAGGUAGUGGCCAUCGACCUGGACGAGGGUCCGAACGGGCAGGUGACGUACCGCAUGCAGGUGGGGAUGCCCCGCAUGGAUUUUGUCAUCAACAGCACCAGCGGGCUCAUCACCACCACCACCGUGCUGGACAGGGAGAGCAUCGCCGAGUACUACUUGCGGGUGGUGGCCAGCGAUGCCGGCGUCCCCUCCAAGAGCUCCACCAACACCCUGACCGUCAAAGUUCUGGACGUGAACGACGAGAACCCCACCUUCUUCCCAGCCGUCUACAACGUGUCACUGCUUGAAGACGUGGCCCGGGAUUUCAAAGUGGUCCGGCUCAACUGCACGGAUGCUGACAUUGGGCUGAAUGCUGAGCUCAGCUACUUCAUCACCGGUGGGAACCAGGACGGCAAAUUCAGCGUCGGCUUCCGGGAUGGGGUGGUCAGGACAGUCGUGAGCCUGGACAGGGAGACCGUGGCGUCGUACACGCUGAUCGUGGAGGCCAUCGACAACGGCCCCACAGGGAACCGCCGUACCGGGACUGCCACCGUGUACGUGACCGUCCUGGAUGUCAAUGACAACCGACCCAUCUUCCUUCAGAGCAGCUAUGAAGUCAGCGUCCCCGAGGACAUCCCGGCCGCCAGCAGUAUCGUGCAGGUGGAAGCCACAGAUGCAGAUGAAGGCAUUAACGGGAGAGUGUGGUACAGGAUUGUCAAGGGAAACGAGCACAACCACUUCCGCAUCAAUCCCAGCACCGGGCUGGUGAUGCGAGGUGUGCGGCACCUCGACAGGGAGCAAAAUUCCUCCCACAUCCUGGAGGUGGAGGCCUACAACACGGAGCAGGGACCCAUGAGGAGCUCCGUACGGGUGAUCGUCUACGUGGAAGAUGUCAACGAUGAGGUGCCGGUGUUCACCCAGAGUCAGUACAGCCGCCUGGGGCUGCGGGAGACGGCGGGGAUAGGGACUUCAGUGGCGGUGGUCCGGGCCACCGACCGAGACACAGGGAAAGGCGGUCUGGUGAGCUACAAAAUCCUGUCGGGUGCCGAAGGGAAGUUUGAGAUCGACGAGAGCACGGGCCUCAUCACGACAAUCGACUACCUGGACUACGAGACCAAAACCAGCUACCUGAUGAACGUCUCUGCCACGGACCAGGCACCCCCCUACAACCAGGGCUUCUGCAGCGUGUACGUCAGCCUGCUGAAUGAACUGGACGAGGCCGUGGAGUUCUCCAACACCAGCUACGAGGCUGUGAUCAUGGAGAACAUCCCCCUGGGCUCCGAGGUGCUCCGGGUCCAGGCCCGCUCCAUCGACAACCUCAACCAAAUCACCUACAAGUUUGACCCCAACAGCAACGCCCAGGCACUCUCCCUUUUUAAAAUCAAUGGGAUCACUGGUGUCAUCACGGUCAAAGGCCACGUGGAUCGAGAGAAAGGGGAUUUCUACACCUUGACGGUGGUGGCUGAUGAUGGAGGGCCUAAGACUGACUCCACGGCAAAGGUGACCAUCACGGUGCUGGACGAGAACGACAACAGCCCCCAGUUCGACAUCACCUCCGACUCCUUCGUCAGCAUCGCGGAGGACAUCCCCGUCGGCAAGCGAGUGGCCAUGGUCCUGGCCCGCGACCCAGACGCAGGCAGCAAUGGGCAGGUGACUUUCUCACUGACGUCGGGGAACAUCGGCCAGGCUUUUGAGAUCCGUACCACCAACGACACCUACGGUGAGGUGUUUGUGGCACGGCCUCUGGACCGGGAGCAGCUGGAUCACUACACCUUACGGAUCCAGGCCUCGGAUGGUGGCGUGCCUCCCCGGAGGAAGGAGCACACUCUGCGAGUGAACAUCCUCGACGUCAAUGACAACCCCCCCGUCAUCGAAAGCCCCUUCGGCUACAACGUGAGCGUGAGCGAGAACGUCGGCGGGGGCACGGCGGUGGCCCAGGUACGCGCCACGGACCGGGACAUCGGCCUCAACAGCGUCCUCUCCUACUACAUCACCGGCGGGAACGAGGACCUGACCUUCCGCAUGGACCGCAUCACCGGCGAGAUCGCCACCCGGCCCUCCCCGCCAGACCGCGAGCGGCAGAGCUUCUACAGCCUGGUGGUCACCGUGGAGGACGAGGGCACCCCCUCCUUGUCGGCCACCACCACAGUGUACGUCACCAUCCUGGAUGAGAACGACAACGCUCCCAUUUUCCGGCAGCAGCUGUAUGAGGUGACCCUCGACGAAGGUCCCGCCACGCUCAACGCCACCCUCAUCACCGUGCAGGCUCUGGACCAGGAUGAGGGACCCAACGGCACGGUUGCGUACGCCAUCACCGAAGGCAACAUCUUGGAUACCUUCCACAUUGACAACACCACGGGAGAGAUCCGCACGAUGAAGGAGCUGGACUACGAGAUCAGCCACGGGCGCUACACCUUGAUCGUCACUGCCACCGACCAGUGCCCCAUCAUCUCGCGACGGCUGACGUCGACUGCCACAGUGCUGGUGAACCUCAAUGACAUCAAUGACAACUGUCCCACCUUCCCACGGCCCUACGAGGGUCCUUUCGAUGUCACGGAAGGGCAGCCCGGCCCACGUGUCUGGACCUUCCUGGCCCACGAUGACGACUCAGGACCCAACGGGCAAGUGGAGUACAGCAUCAUCGCCGGGGACCCCCUUGGGGAGUUUGUGAUUUCCCCAGUGGAAGGGGAGCUGCGGGUACGAAAGGAUGCUGAACUGGACCGUGAGAACAUCCCUUUCUAUAACCUCACCAUCGCCGCCCGAGACCGGGGGGUGCCCCCCCUCAGCUCCACGAUGCUGGUGGGCAUCCGUGUGCUGGACAUCAACGACAAUGACCCCGUGCUCAUCAACCUCCCGAUGAACCUCACCCUCAGCGAGAACGCCCCUGUCUCCAGCUUUGUUACUCGCAUCCUUGCCCGGGAUGCAGACGAGGGGCCGAACGCCCUCCUGACCUUCGACAUAACGGCGGGCAACACGGAGAAUGCCUUCUACAUCAACAGCACCAGUGGCAUCGUCUACGUAAACCGCCCGCUGGACAGGGAGCGGGUGGCAGAAUACAGGCUGACCAUCACGGUGAAGGACAACCCCGAGAACAUACGCAAUGCCAGGCGGGAUUUUGACCUGCUGGUCAUUUCCAUUGCGGAUGAGAAUGACAACCACCCCCUCUUCACCCAGAGCUCCUACCAGGCUGAGGUGAUGGAGAACUCACCCCCAGGAGCUGUGAAGAUCAAAACUCCUCUCAACCGGGAACUGGUGGCUACCUACGAGGUCACCAUCUCCGUCCACGACAAUGCCAGCGAAGUCAUCGACCGCUCGGUCAGCGUGCCUAACGCCAAGCUGACAGUCAAUGUCUUGGAUGUCAAUGACAACACGCCCCGCUUCCGCCCCUUUGGGGUCACCUAUUUCACCGAGAAGAUCCUGGAGGGAGCCACACAGGGCACCACACUCAUCUCCAUCUCAGCGGUGGACCCAGACAAAGGUCCCAACGGGCAGAUCACCUACGAGCUGCUGGACCUCUCCCCAGAAGGCUACGUCUGCCUUGAAGACCCGUCGGCAGGGAAGGUCGUGGCCAACAGGACGGUGGACUAUGAGGAGGUGCAUUGGCUGAACUUCACCAUCCGAGCUUCUGACAACGGCUCACCCCGCAGAUCUGCUGAGAUCCCUGUGUACCUCCAAAUAGUGGACAUCAAUGACAACAAUCCCAUUUUCACUCAACCAUCCUACCAGAAAGCUGUCUUUGAGGAUGUGCCGUUGGGUACGGUCAUUCUGACAGUCAAGGCCACGGAUGCAGACUCUGGGCAGUUUGCCCUCAUCCAGUACAGCCUGCAGGAUGGAGAGGGCAAGUUUGGGAUAAAUCCCAACACGGGUGACAUCUACAUCCUGUCAGCCCUGGACCGGGAGAAGAGGGAUCACUACACACUGACUGCCGUGGCCAGGGACAACCCUGGGGACAUCUCCAGUAACCGCCGGGAGAACUCCGUGCAGGUGCUGAUCACAGUCCUGGACGUCAACGACUUCAGGCCCCAGUUCAGCAAGAGCCAGUUCAGCACCAGUGUCUACGAGAACGAGCCAGCAGGGAUGUCAGUGAUCACCAUGACCGCCAUCGACCUGGACGAAGGGGAUAACGGCGUGGUGAUCUACAGCAUCGAGGGCCCCGGAGCAGAGGCUUUCAAUAUCAAUAAAGACUCCGGGCUCGUCACAUCCCGGCGGCGCUUGAAGUCCUAUGAGAGGUUCAACCUGACUGUGGUGGCCACAGACAAGGGACAGCCCCCUCUCUGGGGCACCACCAUGCUCCACGUGGAUGUCAUCGACAUCAACGACAACCGCCCCAUCUUUGUCCGCCCACCCAAUGGCACCAUCCUGCACAUCAAGGAGGAGAUCCCCCUGCGGUCCAACGUCUAUGAGGUCUACGCCACGGACGAAGACGAGGGCCUCAAUGGAGCGGUGCUCUACAGCCUGCUGAAAACCGGGGCGGGGAACAAAGACUGGGAGUAUUUCACCAUCGACUCGGUCAGCGGACUGAUCCAGACGGCCAUGCGGCUGGACCGGGAGAAGCAGGCGGUGUACAACUUGAUCAUCGUGGCCUCCGACCAGGGCCAGCCAGCCUAUGAGACCAUGCAGCCCCUCCAGAUCGCUCUCGAUGACAUCGAUGACAAUGAGCCCAUCUUCCUCAGGCCACCUAGGGACAGUCCCCAGUACCAGGCACUCUUCGUCCCCGAGCACUCGCCGCCAGGCACCGUGGUGGGGAAUGUCACUGGGGCGGUGGAUGCUGAUGAGGGCUCCAACGCCAUCGUCUACUACUUCAUAGCAGCUGGGAACGAGGAGAGCAACUUCCAGCUGAGCCGAGAGGGGCAACUGCAGGUCUUACGAGACCUGGACCGGGAGAAGGAGCCGUACUACUCCAUCCUUGUCAAAGCGUCCAGCCAGAGGAACUGGUCCCCUCCCCAGGGCCAGUGGGCAGGCAGAACCCAGCCCUGGGACCUCAGCGAGGACCUGACCCUUCAGGAGGUGCGGAUCUUUCUGGACGACAUCAAUGACCAGGCCCCCCAGUUCACCAAGUCAGAGUACACGGCGGGGGUUGCCACUGACGCCAAGGUGGGAUCAGAGCUGAUCAGAGUGGUCGCAGUGGACGCCGAUGUGGGCAAUAACAGCCUGGUCCUGUACAACAUCUUGGGCAUCCGCUACAUCAAGCAGCACUCCAACGACUCCGAGGAGGUGGCCAACAUCUUCAGCAUCGGAACCUUUGAUGGGAUCCUGCGAACCUUCGACCUCUUCACGGCCUACAAGCCCGGCUACUUUGUGGUGGACAUCAUGGCCUCUGACCUGGUGGGUCACAAUGACACGGCCAUUGUGGGGAUUUACAUCCUGCGGGAUGACCAGCGGGUCAAAAUCAUCAUCAACGAGAUCCCCGACAAAGUCAGGCAGUUCGAGGAGGAGUUCAUCAGCCUGCUCUCCAACAUCACGGGCGCCAUCGUCAACACAGAUGACGUGCAGUUCCAUGUUGACAAGAAAGGUCGGGUCAACUUCGCGCAGACAGAGCUGCUGAUCCACGUGGUGAACAGGGACACCAACCGCAUCAUGGACGUGGAGCGGGUGAUUCAGAUGAUAGAUGAGAACAAGGAGCAGCUGAGGAACCUCUUCAGGAACUACAACGUGCUGGAUGUGCAGCCUGCCAUUACCGCCCGGGCCCCAGAUGACCUCUCGGCUCUACAGAUGGUGAUCAUCGUGCUGGCCAUCCUGCUCUUCCUGGCUGCCAUGCUCUUCAUCCUCAUGAACUGGUACUACCGGACAGUGCACAAAAGGAAAUUGAAAGCCAUAGUGGCUGGCUCCACCGGGAACAGAGGCUUCAUGGACAUCAUGGACAUGCCGAACACCAACAAGUACUCCUUUGAUGGGGCCAACCCGGUGUGGCUGGACCCCUUCUGCAGGAACUUGGAGCUGGCGGCGCAGGCGGAGCACGAGGACGACCUGCCGGAGAACCUGAGCGAGAUCACCGACCUCUGGAACAGCCCUGCCCGCACCCACGGGACUUUUGGGAGGGAGCCCUCCGCGGCCAAACCCGAGGAUGACCGCUACCUGCGGGCAGCCAUCCAGGAAUACGACAACAUCGCCAAGCUGGGGCAGAUCAUGCGGGAGGGACCCAUCAAGCUGAUCCAGAAGGAGCUGGAGGAAGAGGAGGAGGAGCGCAGCCACAGCCAGGGCAGCCUCCGCUUCCGACACAAGCAACCGGUGGAGCUGAAAGGUCCCGACGGCAUCCACGUGGUGCACGGCAGCACGGGCACGCUGCUGGCCUCCGACCUCAACAGCCUGCCCGAGGAUGACCAGAAGGUGCUGGGUCGUUCGCUGGAGACUCUGACCGCUGACUGCGGAGGCUACAGCGACCACAACGCCCGCACCGAGUCGGCCAAGUCCACCCCCCUGCACAAGAUGCGGGAGGUGAUCAUGGAGAGCCCUCUGGAGAUCACCGAGUUAUGACCAGCGGGGGUGGUGAUGCUCCUCUAGGCAAGCCGGGGCCGGCAGGGACAACGCAUGGACCAGGGGGGCCGUGGCGGGGGCUGGGGGAACCCCAAAACCGGUGCUUGCCCCCCCCCCCCCCUUCCCCUGCAGAAGGAGUCCAGGCCAACCGGUGCGGUUCGCUCCGGCAGCCUUGGAGAGCUUGGCCCCGGGAAAGGGCUCUCAGGACCGGUAUGCUUUUACUUGCCUGUCAUUUAUCCAUGAAAGCAUUAAAUUUUUUUUUAUUUUUCUUAUUAAAAACAAACAAACAAAAAAGUUCUUUUUUUUUUAAAAAAAAAAAAAAGAGAGAUUGAGAAAAGCUAAAUGAAUCCAAUGAGUCCAGGCUGGACGGGGGUGAAGGUGCAGCGAAGGUGCGGAUGAUGUGUCACCGCAGCAUCCCCAGGCGCAGGCUGUGGGGACAAGCAGCCAUCACACCCCGAUCACGGGCAUGGGGAGGGCCGGGGUAGCACGGGGAGAGGCUGAGUCCAUUUGGCAUUAACGUCACCUUUCCAGCAAGGAAAGGCCCAAAAACUAAAGGAAAGGAAAAAAAAAAAAAAAAAAAAGAAAAAAAAAAAAGUCGACAUUUCUCCAUUUUGCUGGCUUUACCAAAACAUGUUGCGACAUUGAAAAAGAGAGAGACUGACAAUAACUGGGGCUUCUGGAUGUGGAGUGCUCGUGCGUGUCUUUUCUUGCCCUUUUCUUUCCCCUUCUCUCUUGCUUUCGGGUUUGUUCGUUCGGGGGUUUGUUUCCAAUCGUAACCUUGUGGAGAGUUUCGGGCACGGUCUGUUACGGGACUCAGAAAUACACUGUCUAUGGCUUUGGGUAA